AUGUACCUGUGCCAGAAUUUAUUAACAUUACAAAUAGUCUUGUUGGAGACAGUAUAUUCAUCAGCCUGCCCUUAUCUGUGCCAGGGCUCUACAGAUCCUUGCUUUGCAGCUGUUGUCAGUAUUCAUUGUUGUGCUCAGGUCAAGGACUUUUCAGUCAGCUCACGCAAGGCAUUCCUGAGCACUGUAAUCAUUGAUGACAUUUGUUCAAUAAAGCUUGCCAGCUCUUCUCAUCCCACUAUCAUUCCAAAUCAAGUUAUCUUAUUACUUCGGUUCACAGACGACACUUUUGACCCAGAGCAAAGUGCGACUAUUGGUGUUGACUUUAAGGUUAAGACAAUCAGUGUAGAUGGAAAUGUUACAAAGUUAGCAAUUUGGGACACAGCAGGUCAAGAAAGGUUUAGAACUUUAACGCCCAGCUACUACCGAGGAGCCCAGGGUGUUAUCCUUGUGUAUGAUGUCACCAAUAGGAACUCCUUUACCAAGUUAGAUAUGUGGCUCAAUGAACUCGACACUUAUUCAACCAAGACAGAGAUUGUAAAGAUGCUCGUGGGCAACAAGAUUGACAAGGAGAAGGUUGAAGUUAGUAGAGAGGAAGGCCUUAAGUUUGCCCGACGCCAUGCAAUGCUUUUUAUUGAAGCCUCCGCCAAAACAAAGGAUGGUGUGCAGUGUGCCUUUGAAGAACUUGUCCAGAAGAUUAUUCAAACACCAGGCUUAUGGGAGAUGGACCAGAGAUCUCAGGGUAGUUUCAACGUCUCGCAUCAGAAUCAUAAUGAAGACUCUUAUUGCGGAUAUUGUUCAGUUCUUUAAAAGUAAUGAGAUUUUUUUUUUUUUUUUUUAUAUAUAUAGGAUAUUCUUUAUGCCGAUUACAAAUUACUUCCUUAUCUUUUCCUACCAUAGCUUAUUUAUAUUAUGCUGUUACUAUUAUUUUUCUACUCUUCCUUUUAAACCCUUGGCUUCUGUUUUCUUCUAUAUAUAAUGCACUUCAUAUGUUAGUUUUUGUACAAACAGAGACUCUCUCUACAAACAGUUGUAUAAAAAUUGUCCUUUAGAUAUUCUUAGGCUACUGUUCUCUUCCUGUCUGAUAUAUAGUACGUGAUGUACUUUACAUUGUACAUUUCUCAGAAUACUCUAACUUUUUUAUUAUUAGUAGUAUUUUUAUGAUUUUUAUUUUAUUGUUUUUUUACUAUUCUGUUUUAAGCAUUGCAAUUAUGAUAAGCAAUAUUGUUACCAUCAAAGUUAUCUGCAUUAUUACUAUUAUUAUUUUAUAUGAUUAUUAAUGUAACUUCCUCUGUUGUCAUCAAUUUUAUUAGUAGUACUAUCAACAUCAUUAUUGUUGUUAUUAUUAUUAUUAUUAUUAUUAUUAUUAUUAUUAUUAUUAUUACUACUACAGACCUUUUAAGACUUUUUAACAGUCUUUGGAAACUACAAGAAAGAAUUAUAAUUUGUCUAUAUUGAAAUAGGUUGAAAUAUGUACCAGAUAUAAUGUGUCUUACCUGUUGGCCCAUUUAUGUUUAUUAGGACUAUAAACAGAAGCCUCCAUGGAUAUGUAUUAUUAACAAAAAAAAAAAAGUUUUACAGAGUGGUUCAUUUUGAUUUAUAUAAUACAGAUGUAAAGGCCAGUCUUAACAUUAUUACAUUUUGCAAGUGUAAAGGCAAAUUUUAACUUUACUGCAGUGAUUGCUUGGUGCAACGUAAGGUUGAGCUCAACCUUAUCAUAAACUGAGUAAUAAGUGAAUUGAGCAUUGACUGCAUGCCUUACAAAGGUGAUAAUAUGAGACAACUUUUCUUAACCUGAGCUUUCUAAUUCCCAGCUUAGGUGCCUGGACAAGCGGUCACUUAAUAUGACCUCUUGCAGCAGAAAGACCAAUGACGCUGACAGGAUACCCCUUUAAGGAAUUACGAUUAGCUUUUAUACGCUUUACUGUUGGUAGUCAUUCAGUCCUGUUCUGCUUGAUGUCUUGCCGAUAACGAGAGAUUGCUGAUUUACUAGUUAACAGAUUAAUUUUGUGUAUGUGUUAGUGAAUGGAAGGAAGAAUCAGGUUAAGUAGUCAAUAGACAUUUGCAGAACAUGGGACGAUUUGUUUACUCCAUAGCAGUAGGGUUCAUAUUUUCUUUUCAAGCUAAUUAUGAAUAAGAAUGUAGAAAAAUGUGCACAGAUGUGUUAAUUCUUAAAGUCAUUAGGUUUUGUUAAAGUGUGUUUCCUCUGUAAGUUAAGGUCUUUCAGCAUGUGUUUACACACAAAAUUAUUUCUGAAAAUUAAAAAAAAAAUAAAAUAAAAAAGAUAACAUAAGUUAUGAUAUAAGGACAGAAGAUGUUAUGAGCUUUACUAGUAAAAGGUAUUUUUUUUCCUUCUGUUUAUGACAUGCAAUAGGAUUUUUUCUCAUAGACUAACAUUAAUUUAUGUAACCUUUAAAGCUUUCAUUAAUUGCAAAAAUAAUCUAUCCAAAAGGAAAUCAGAUAUUUUGGAAAUAUAUGCAAAUCACUUCUAUACAGGAGUAUAAGGGUGCCAUGAGGAAUAUAGAAGGAAUUCGUAAUCAUAUGGUGCUUAUUAAAUUGAUAAGACUAACUUUUUUUUUCUUUUUCUUUUUACAAGACCAAAUGCAGAUACUAAAAUCAUAUGCAUAUACUGUAUAUUGCUUGCAAAGUGAAUACAUUAUUAUGUAUAAUUUUCUUUUGUACCCAGAAGGUAAUUAUUAUUAAAGAUGUAUGUGUUAAAAAA